AUGUAUCAUAGCAAUAACAACAAGCGAUCAUCAUCAUCAACGACAACAGCAACUGCAUUUAACAAGACCACACCAGCAUUAAAUCCGAUUCUUCUUGCGAAUCCAUUAGUUUUUAAACCCUCCUCCUCAUCAUCAUCAUCAAACAAAGAUCAGACUACCGAGAAUCAUAUUCCUUCAAAUUAUAUAAUACUAUCAAAUAUGAAAAAGUCUAAAAAUACCAAUCGUAAUUCACCAUCUUCAAGUAGUAGAACAUCUGGUUUGAAUAAUAAAUCUCGAAAUGCGACUAAUAGACCAAAAUCAUUAAAUGAAGCAAUUGCAAAAUACACAGGUAAUAGAUAUUUAACUCAUAAAGAAAGAAAAAGGAAGAGAAAAUUAGAAGAGGUUGAUAAUGUAUCUAUUAAAGAUGAAGAAGGUGAAGACAAAGGAGAAGUUCAAGAUGACCAAGACUUGGAUGAUGAAGCAGAAGAUCAAGAAGAAGAGGAAGGAGAAGAAGGAGAAGAGGAGGAAGUUCAAGAACCAGUCACUAAGAAAAGUAGAGGCAUGUGGGGUGCUAUUAAAUCAUUCUGGUCAGGAACUCCAACACCUACUGGUUCUGCAGAUGAAGAUCUAGGUGAAGAAAUUGGAGAAGAAAUUGAAAUUGAGAAAGAAACUGAUUCUCCUGAAGAAAAGGAAGAAGGAUCUUCUCAAGAUGAAGAUGAAAGUUCUCCUGGUGAAGUAUUUGCAGAAACUUCACCAUUCACUGGAUUUAGUGAACCUGAAAAAAGUGAAGAUGCUGAAGAGGAAGAUGACGAUGAGGAUUUUACUGGACAAUCUGAAUCUAGUGAUGAAAGCGAUGACGAAGAAGAAGAUGAAGAAGAAGAAUCUGCAGAAGUAAACACCGAAGCGGAUGAUGUUGAUGAUGAUUUGGAAAAAUUAAAGCAUGAUUUGAAGGUCGAUCAAUUGAUUAAUUCCCACGGAUUACCAAAAUGA